AUGAGUUAUGCAGAAAAGCCCGACGAGAUCACGAAAGAUGAGUGGCUGGAGAGGCUCAACAACCUGCACAUUCAGCGGGCGGACAUGAACCGCCUCAUCAUGAACUACCUCGUGACAGAGGGCUUUAAGGAAGCAGCAGAGAAGUUCCGGAUGGAGUCUGGGAUCGAACCCAGCGUGGAUCUCGAAACGCUUGAUGAGCGCAUCAGGAUCCGUGAGAUGCUGCUGAAGGGUCAGAUCCAGGAAGCCAUCGCGCUGAUCAACAGCCUGCACCCCGAGCUCCUGGACACUAACCGCUACCUCUACUUCCACCUGCAGCAGCAGCAUCUGAUCGAACUGAUCCGGCAGCGGGAGACGGAGGCGGCCCUGGAGUUUGCCCAGACGCAGCUGGCAGAGCAAGGUGAGGAGAGCCGGGAGUGCCUGACGGAGAUGGAGCGCACACUGGCCCUGCUGGCCUUCGACAGCCCUGAGGAGUCGCCCUUUGGAGACCUCCUCAACAUGAUGCAGCGGCAGAAGGUGUGGAGCGAAGUUAACCAGGCUGUCCUGGAUUACGAAAAUCGUGAGUCCACGCCCAAGCUAGCAAAAUUACUGAAACUACUACUUUGGGCUCAGAAUGAGCUGGACCAGAAGAAAGUGAAAUACCCUAAAAUGACGGACCUCAGCAAGGGCGUGAUCGAGGAGCCCAAGUAG